CUCAACUAUGACUCCGUUUUCAGCGUUGCAGCAUCCUGACCAAGCUCUCUUUCUAUGUUACCAUCCACACUCAACCCCCUAACUACCAGCAUUGAUAUCAGACAUAAGAAUGAUCGAAGCCAUAAAUGAGGAACAGAUCUGCGAGUUUAAGAGAGCAUUCUCGCUUUUUGACAACGAUGGUGAUGGACAAAUAACCCGCAACGAGCUCGGCGUCGCCAUGCGAACGCUUGGCCUAAAUCCCUCCGAGUCCGAACUGCAGGACAUGAUCGACGAAGUUGACGUGGAUAAAAGCGGCACGAUAGACUUCCCCGAAUUCCUGACCAUGAUGGCACGCCGAACAAAGGAACAGGACUUGGAGGAGGAUAUUUCAGAGGCAUUCAAGGUCUUCGACCGCGACGACGAUGGGUUUAUUUCACCCGAAGAGCUGCGUCAAGUCAUGAUCUCGAUCGGCGAGAAACUGACCGAUGGGGAGAUUGCCGAGAUUAUCCGCGAGGUUGAUCGGGACGGCGAUGGUUGCAUUGGCUACGAUGAGUUUCUUCAGCUAAUGAUGCAGAAGUAA